UUCAAGAACACCCGCGAGACUGCCCAGGCCAUCAACGGCAUGAAGCUGCAGCGCGCCCUUGCCUUCCUGGAGAACGUCAUCAACCACAAGGAGGCCGUCCCGAUGAGACGGUACGGCGGAAGCACUGGCCGCACAGCUCAGGGCAAGCAGUUCGGUGUCACCAAGGCCCGCUGGCCUGUCAAGUCCGCCAAGCAGCUCAUCGGCCUGCUGAAGAACGCUGAGGCCAACGCCGACACCAAGGGCCUCGACACCAGCAACCUCAUCAUCAAGCACAUCCAGGUGAACCAGGCGCCCAAGGGCCGCAGGCGUACCUACCGUGCGCACGGUCGUAUCAAUCCGUACAUGACCAACCCUUGCCACAUCGAGCUGAUCCUCACCGAGGGAGACGAGGUCGUCCAGAAGGCUCCCGUCGUUGCCCGUACGGAGCAGCGCCUGAACUCUCGGCAGCGUGGAGCCCAGAUCCGCCGUGCCAUCACCCAGGGAUAA